CAUUUUCAUACUUUUUCCAUUUCCAAAAGAUCGAAGAGAGAUAAAUCAAAGGAGAAACUAUCAACACCAUGAAGAUAAGCUUAAGCAGUUGUACUACUAGCAGUGCAGCAGCAGCCAUGGGAGAGUCCAAAAAGAAGGUUUCAUGCAGAAGGCUUGGAGGGUAUCUCAGACAACAAAAAGGAAGGAUUUACAUUAUCAGAAGAUGUGUUGUUAUGCUCCUUUGCUGGCAUGAUUAAACAAGUAUUUGCUGCAAGCUUGGAGCUGAUGAAGUUUUCAUCCAUCUCUGCCAGUAUCUGAGUAUUUUUGCAGCUAAUUUAGGC